GCCUGCAUCAACAGCGGCGCUCGGGGAGCAGUGUUAAUGUAGUGUUAAUGGUAGCCUAAUAUAAUGGAAUAACAGAAAUAACUUGUGCUGUGUUUGCAAAUUACCAAAACGCAUUUGCUUUCGAUUUCGUUUCAUUCUAGAAAUAGCCAGCCAAACACGUUAGGACUGCAGUCCCACAGGAAAGAGCGUCGCGUAGGCUGUUACCUGUUUCCAAAGUGGGAACGGUUUUUGGCUUUGUCACCACAGACACAAGUGGGGGAGGUAGCUUAUGAGAACACAAUGGGAGAGCAGCGAGGAGCAGCAUGGAAAGCGAACAGGGGACGUGAGGGUGGUGCAGCAGGGAAAGGGACAUAUGGAACCAGUGCUGGGCCAUACGGAGGACAUAGAUGGGUAUUGAAAGAAGGAUCUUGGAGGCAGGCAACAAAUGGAUAUGAAGGACAAGAAAAGAGGGAGGCAGGUUCAAGAGAAGGACCAAAUGGCCAUCACAAAGGACUAUCUGGAGGAAAAGAUAAAAGUGGACCCUCAGAGGAAGAGAUUUGUCCUAUCUGUAUGGACGAGUUUACCGACAAAGAGAAACUGUCGUGUGGCCAUGCUUUCUGUAAGGACUGCUUAAGACAGUCAGUGGAAAGCAUGGGUGCUAGCUGCCCGGUGUGUAAGAAGGUGUUUGGAAAGAUUGUGGGAGACCAGCCAGAUGGAAUGAUGACACACUAUACACAGAAUACAUGCCUUCCUGGGUUUAAACGAUGUGGCAGCAUAGUCAUUAACUAUCACAUUCCCAGUGGCAUUCAGUCGAGCAAACAUCCUAAGCCAGGGCGGCCAUUCCAAGGUGCACGUAGAACAGCUUACUUGCCAGACAACAAGGAAGGGAGAGAGGUACUGGCACUCCUGAAGAAGGCCUUUGACCAGAGGUUGAUAUUUACAGUGGGCACCUCACGCACCAGUGGCAUGGAGGACUGUGUGACCUGGAAUGACGUCCAUCAUAAAACCAGCACCCAUGGAGGAGCACAAAGUUUUGGCUACCCAGAUGAUGACUAUCUGAAGAGAGUGCGAGAUGAACUCAAAGCCAAAGGCAUCGAGUGAAGAAGCUGCCAUAAUAACAGCUUAGAUGCAGACAACAAGGGUGGAUGUCUGUGAUAGUAUCCAAGUAUUUAGUCCUCUAACCAAUCUUUUUUUUAAGAUGACUUACUGUACAUAUUUGAUUAAAGGCGCCUCAAUACAUCCUUAGUAAAUUAAUGUGGAUCCUUGUUUUAGUAUCUUUAGUAUCUUUUACUGUUCAUUGUCAUGUGGAUUUG